AGUCAUAAGGCAGUUGAGGCAGGUAAAGAAAUCAGAUGUCCUCGUCACGUCUAAGAUACAGCUCUUUUUCUCCAUCUCCAAAAUGAGUCUUAGUUCUGGUCCUGACCUGGUAUCAUAUGCAUUUUUUCAAAUAUGACCCAUUUCCACUUUCUGUCCUUCCUCCUCAUGACAACAGGAGUCUGGGACACAGCAGAGUGCUCAUCAGGUGACGGAAAGAGCUUAUGGUACCGAUCACUGAACCAAAGCGAAUUUUUAUCUGGAACAUUCCCUAAGGGUUUCCUUUGGGGUGUUGGAACUGCAGCGUUCCCAACUGAGGGAUCGUGGGACCAGGACGGGAAAGGACUAUCUAUCUGGGACCAUUUUACUCACCACGCUCUUGGCACAGGGAACAACAUUAGCAACUUGUCAGCCGAUACAGCCAGCGACAGUUAUGUGCUCUGGGAAAAGGACAUUGAGUCACUUCAGUACCUUGGAGUAAAAUUUUACUCAUUCUCAAUAUCAUGGCCACGUAUUUUCCCAGAUGGUGAUGCCACGAGACAACCGAAUCUUGCUGCCGUGGAUCAUUACCGCCACCUGAUUGGCCGGUUAAAAGCACUCGAUUUGGAACCUGUGGUGACCCUGUUUCACUGGGAUUUGCCCCAAAUUUUGCAGGAGGAACUGGGAGGAUGGAAAAAUUAUAAAUUGGUGCAGAUUUUUGCAGACUAUGCUGCAUUUUGUUUUAAAACCUUUGGCCAAGAUGUGCGAUACUGGAUCACUAUACACAACCCAGUCGCGAUUGCAUUUCUGGGCUAUGGUACGGGAAUUCAUGCACCAGGGGUGUCCGGUGACCCUGCUGACCCUUUCAUCGUUGCACAUAACCUCAUCAGGGCUCACGCAACGGCAUGGCACGUUUACGACAAGCACUUCCGUCCCCAUCAGCAUGGCCAAAUCUCCAUCACACUCGGCUCCUAUUGGGUGGAGCCUUUCAAAGCCCAGGCUACACCAGCGAAUGUGGAGCUGUGUCAGCAGUCUGUUGAGGCCAUAAUCGGCUGGUUUGCAGAACCUAUACAUGGAGGUGGUGACUAUCCUUUGUCCCUACGCUCUUCUCAUCCAGCCCUGGUCCCAAAUUUUACACCAGAGGAAAAGCAUUGGGUGCGUGGCACUGCUGAUUUCUUCUCACUAGCAUUUGGGCCUGAUUCGGUACGUGCAGGAAGAGCUUUGGCCCGGUUUGGUCAGACAGGGGCACUGAAUCUGAGAAAAAUUCUGGGCUGGAUUCAGAAGGAGUAUGAGGACCCUCCAGUGCUGGUGGCGGAGAGCAGUUGGUUCUCUGAUGCCUCUGUCGGAGUGGAAGACACAGUGGCCAUUUACCUCAUGAAGAGAUUUAUUAACCAAGUGCUUCAAGCGGUGGUAGUGGACCAUGUGAAGGUUUUUGGCUACACAGCCUGGUCUCUGGUGGAUGGGUUUGAGUGGAACAGUGGCUACAGCAUAAGAAGAGGACUAUUCUACAUCGACUUCAACCAGCCCGAAUACACCAGGGUCCCAAAAUCAACAGCUAAAUACUACAUGCAGAUCAUCCAGGACAACGGCUUUCCUGCUGAUGAGACAGAGGGAGACAUUGAUGGUCAUUUCCCCUGCAAUUUCCAGUUUGGAGUAUCAGACUUUAUCCUGCAGGUCCAUCUACAGCCAUUUUCACCUCAGUUCAAUGAUCCUUUUCUGUAUCGGUGGAACUUCAGUGGCGAUGGCUCCCUUCAUCCUGUCUUAGGAGUAACUCUUCACACUCGUGGCUCCCAGUGCACUGACUUCCUGGCUAUUCAACAUCACAUCCACCUCCUAGAAGCCACAGGGACGUCGCAUUACAGAUUUGCCCUGGAUUGGCCUCGGCUUUUCCCCAAUGGUGACAUCCUGUCUGCGGAUGCAGUAACUGUGCGAUAUUACCACUGCAUGCUAACUGAGCUCCAGAAGAAGGGUAUUGGUGCAGCUGUUACACUUUACCACCCCACCCUCAGGUCACAUACACUGGGCUUACCAAGGGUGCUACAUGCCCAAGGUGGAUGGAUGAAUACGAGUAUAGGCGAUGCAUUUGUUGACUAUGCCACGUAUUGCUUUCAAACAUUUGGGACACUCGUGGAUGUCUGGAUCACUGUGAAUGAACCAAAUCGUCUGAUAGAAGCAUAUAACGUAAGUGCACAAGAAAGAGAUAUGGUAGUGCGCAACGUGUUGAUGGCACAUGCUCGUGCAUGGAAUAUUUACAACGCACGUUUCCGUCAACACCAGGGGGCAAAAAUAAGUUUUGCGCUCCAUGCUGAUUGGGUCGAACCAGCCAAUCCCUUUGUAGACUCUCAUGCCAGUGCUGUCCAACACUUCCUGUUCUUUGAACUUGGACGUUUCCUUGAUCCUAUCCUACAGGACAUAGACUACACUAAUACCAAUAGCUGCCGUGACUGCUUUCAUAUGCCACACUUUUCGGAGUGUGAGAAGUCUGAGCUUAAAGGAGCCAUAGAUUUUAUUGCUCUCAAUCACUUCACAACUCGUCUGGUUUACCCGAAACUGAAACGAGACCUCCAACCUAGUUCAUCUGUCCAUGAUUACAGCUGCUCGUUCAUGACAGAUCCAACUUGGAUGUCCUCUUAUAAGGGACAAGCUGUUGUGCCCUGGGGGCUCCGCCGAGUCCUGAGGUGGGUGAAGGGUCGCUAUGGUAACAGUCAUCCUGUUAUUAUCACAGCCACAGGAAUUGAUGAUCAGGCAUCCCAUAAUGACCACCUAAGGCAGCGAUACAUAAAGACCUACAUGCAGGAAGCGUUAAAGGCUCGUGUCCUUGAUGGAGUUGAUGUGCGUGGUUUUUAUGUUUGGAAGCUGCAAGACACACUCCAUCACACUCCAGAUUUCGGAUUCUUCCUCUCCCCCCACCAUCACUCCCGUCCCAAAGCCUCGGUCACCAUUUACCGCCAACUCAUCUCUCAGAGUGGACUUCCCUCCAUCUCCGGUCCUGUGACCUCACUUUGCGAGACAAAAGUGAGCGAGUCGGAGUGCUGGAUCUGUCAGAACAAACCGUUGCUCUUCUUUGGCAUGUGUGUCAUGGUCAGUGUGUCUGUGCUAGCCGGUGUCAUGGUUACAGGCAUGAUGAGGAGGAGCAGGAGGAAGAGGAGAAUGAAGACAAGGAAGAGGAAGAUGGGCCAAGCCAUGAGAAGGGUGGGGUACAGAGUCUGACGAUCUUUCUCUGUUGUUGAAACCUUCUUUCCUGUCAAUCACAAUUGGAGUUUAACAACAAAAAGAAAAGAAAGAAAGAAAGAAAGAAAGAAAGAAAGAAAGAAAGAAAGAAAGAAAGAAAGAAAGAAAGAAAGAAAGAAAGAAAGAAAUUUAGCCUAAGUCUAAAUCCAGCCAAGACAUGUUUGGUGACUUUGCUGUGAUUUUUAAUCACAAUGUGCAGGCUGGGUUCCCUUUAAAGUCUGGUUGCUCUAAAGUUUCUUCAUCUUAAUGUUGUCUCAGGAAGUUUUUCUUUGCCUCUGGCUUGCACAUUAGACAUUCUGAUUUGUGUAAAGCUGCUUUGUGAAAGCUGUGUACAUAAUCGUGUGCUGUGUCAGUACCUACUGCAUUUCAGUUGCUAAAGUCUAUUGUUUAAAGCUUGUUGAAUUUAGCUUAACUGAAGACAGGAAAACUUCCCAGACCAUGCAUGUCUUCAGCUGAUUCAGUACAUUUAGUGUAAAGUGCAUAAAAUUUCAUUCAUCAAAUGGUUUCACAAAUGAAAGACUCAUGUUUAUCCUGCAUUUGUUGCCACCAGAAUUACUCAAAAACAGAUUUACUAAUGAAUGUAUAACAGCCUAAUGCAUCAUUUUUGAAAAAUCUGUUUGGUAUAACAAAGGUUCUGUCCAAGAUCAAGUCAAAUAUGAAUAAUGAUCUUGACUUUUCAAAUGUAAAUAAUGAUCUUGAAUUUCCACAUUUGCUUAUAUUAUAUAUUUAGUUAAAGCUGCAGUUUUGAAGAUGCUCUGAUCCAGUGGUCUAGCCAUCACAAUUUGGUCCUUCAUCAAACUCGCUCAAAUCCUUACGCUUGUCCAUUUUUCCUGCUUCUAACACAUCAACUUUGAUGACAAAAUGUUCACUUCCUGCUUAAUAUAUCGCGCCCACUAACAGGUGUCAUAAUGAUCAUCAGUGUUACUCACUUUAUUUCACUUCACUUUAUAAUGUAAUGCCUGAUUGAUCUAUGUUAAAAAAUUGAUUUGUGAGUACUGAGAUGUUGAACUGUAAAUACUGUAUAAAUAUAUGUUGUGAUUACAGUAUGA